CCAAAUCAGUCGCUGGAGAACAGAGAUGAGGACAAGAGACUUUUAUUUUAAACUGAGACAAAGCCAGAGAUUGAGUCAUUUUCCUCUGUUAAUGAUGCUCUUCAUCUUGUCCAAACCCACAGAACAGCAGAUUAUUAUAAAGAUGGCGUUUAUUAAAGAGGAGAGUGAAGACAUCAAGAUUGAAGAAACAUUCACAGUCAAACAUGAAGAGACUGAAGAAGCUUUCAGAGUCAAACAUGAAGAUCCUGAGGAACAAACAGAACUGAUGCAACUCAAAGAGGAGAGCGAAGAUCAGAAUGAGAUGGAAGAGAAGAAUCAACAUGAGGAAGUAUCCAGAGAAGAAUCAGAACAGACAAAACCGUCUUCAGAAAGAACAGCCCAGAAGACCGAAUCUAACAUCUGCCAUCAGUGUGGGAAGAGUUUCACUUGUAAACAAUCCUUUACAAACCACGUGAGAAUUCACAUCGGAGACAAGCCUUACACUUGCCAACACUGUGGGAAGAGUUUCAGUUGUAAACAAUACUGUAAAAACCACAUGAAGGUUCACAGUGGAGAAAAGCCCUACACUUGCCAACACUGUGGAAGGAGUUUCACUCGUAAACAAACCUUUAUAAACCAUAUGAGAAUUCACACUGGAGAAAGGCCUUAUACCUGCCAACACUGUGGAAAGAGUUACACUCUGAAACAUAUACUUACAGAACAUAUGAUGAUUCACACUGGAGAAAAGCCGUACACCUGCCACGAGUGUGGAAAGAGCUACACUUGUAAACGAUACCUUACAGAACAUAUGAGGGUUCACACUGGAGAAAAGCCUUACACUUGCCAACAGUGUGGAAAGAGUUUCACUUGCAAACAAAACCACAAAAACCACAUGAAGUUUCACGCUGAUGAAAAGCCUUACGCUUGCCAAUACUGCGGGAAGAGUUACAUUAAGAAACAUGUCCUUAGAGAACAUAUGAGGAUUCACACUGGAGAAAAGCCUUGCAUUUGCCACGAGUGCGGAAAGAGUUUCACUUGUAAACAAUACCUUAAAAGCCACAUGAAGAGUCACAUUGGUGGAAAGCUUAACAUUUGCCAUCAGUGUGGAAAGUGUUUCACUUGGAAACAAAACCUUACCAAGCAUAUGAGGAUUCACACUGGAGAAAAGCCUCACAGUUGCCAACAGUGUGGAAAGAGUUUUACUUGUAUACAAACCCUUAAAAAACACAUGCAGGUUCACACUAGAGAAAAACCUCACACCUCAGUGUGGAAAGCCAUCAGUAUGGAAAGAGAUUCUCUGGGGGGGAAAAACCUUACCGAGCAUAUGAGGAAUCACAGUGGAGAGAAGACUUCUAUCUGCUAAGUGUGGACAGAACUUCAGAUAUACACAAUCUCCUAAUGCUCAUGUGAUGCUUCAUAAUGGAUAAAAGCCUCACACCUGUGGAUUGUGUGGCAAGAACUUUACAUGCAUGACAUUACUUAAGACACCCGGAGAUUCACACUGGAGAUGAGCUGUUUAUAUGUUCUCAAGUUGGAAGGAGAAAGUAAAACCUAAUUACCAUGAGAGAAUUCACAUUCAGAGAUAACCGAUUUAGGAGACAUCAGUGUUGAGUUUCAUAGACAGGAAUCAUGUAAUGACUCUCACCAGAGCAUGAGGAUGAUCCAACAUUGCUUCUUCAGGCUGAGCUUUACUGGAUUCCAUGGGGAAUCAACCCCAAGCCCAAGCCUGGGUCCAUGGUGGGGUCCCGGUUGCGGCAUAUUGGGUAAUGUCCCAGUCCCAGUCAUCCCAAGUCUCCUGCAAGUUCCAGGAGUCUCCCGCAAAUGCAUAGAGACUCCCGGGUGCCCGCAAACGAAUUAUAAUAUCCUGGAAAUCGCACGUCUCCCGCCUGGUACUUAAAUAGUCUCCACCGCAUCCCUCCCAGCUCUUCAGGUACAUCGGGCGCAACUCAACCCCACCGCUUUUCAGCUUGCAACUCACCCCCACCGCUCUUAAGGUACGUCGCGCGCAACUCACCCCUACCGCUCUUCAGAUACGUCGCGCGCACCACUCUUCACACCACCACCAAACACCACCCCCCCCCCCACCCCCCCAGCCCUACAAAAAGGCUAUUCAGGCAGCCACUGUCCCGCGACCUCCCGCAAAUCAUCUCUGUGUCCCCCAGAAAUGACUUUUCCCAACUUGUAAUAUCUGCAGUCCUAACUUUAGUUUGAAGCAUUUACACUACCCUAAACAUCUUUCAGGCACUUAAACCCGUCCAUCAUGAUAAGGUUCUGGUUCAAGGUGAGGUAGCACUGGUUUAAUCUACCUAUCUAGAGUUUUCAUUCAGAAAAUGGAUACGCACAUACAUGGGGAAACUGUAUGCAGCUUCUUGAUGACAGCGUGCAUCAAGCACGUCACAUGAUUAUUGAUUGUGGUGCAAAUUGUAGUCGGACAUAUUUGGAUUAAAUCUUAAUGCGUCUUGAGUAUCAGUCAAAAUUGCAUAAUCUCACAGUGACUGCAACUGACUAGAAAGCAUCUAGUCAGAACAGGGAUUUAAAUCAGUUCAACUAUAAGUUAUAGUUUUGCAUUGUUAGAUUACUUUUUAUGUCAGUUCGGUUUUAAAUUGACUUUAUACUAUUUAUACUGCUUUUUCUUUUAAUGUGAUUCUUUCAUUUCAGGCAAUAAAAAUGUCUUUUGACCAAUAGUUUUAGGCUUAGUUUAAAUUUUAAUUUAGUGAAGUAUUUAGGGGGCCAACUGAAUUCAUAUUUCCAAUUAAUUAAUUUUGACUGAUUCCAUUAAAGAAAUGGUGUAAAUCUCAAGUGAUUCAAACAGUACACAUCAACAUUAUUUGUUGUAAGUUUACAGGGACAGUGUGAAAUACAAAAACAAGUCAAAAAAAGGGUCAAGAGUCCCACAUUUCAUUCAGCACGUGAGCGGUGGUAUGUACAUGUGUAGCCACACAAUGACUGGAGGAAGAAUGGCAUAUUUUACUAGAUUUAUAAUAUAUUUAUAAUAAACUUAUUAACAUUAUUUACUAGAUCUUCUAUGUUAAGCUGCU